AUGGCACCCCACGCCAACGCCGACGUCGAAAUCGAGCCUGUCACAGAUACUUCAUCUGUGGUCGUCAUUGGUCCUGUCCAGACAAAGACGGUCCAUCCCCAGAAAAUCACGAUCGAUCAUGUAAUGCACCACCGACAAACUGGUACGGCGGUACCGAACAUCGUCGCCGCCUUUGCUAGCCCCAAUAUGUUCAAAAGCAAAGCUGCUCUCGGCAAGCCAAAGGCCAAGAAGAGCUUCGAGCAUCGCCUCACAGAGGAGAGUAAGAGCCGAAACCCGUCGUCGCUGAAGGAGGCGAUGAAGUAUUAUCGGGCCGGUACCAUUAGUCUUUGUGGAGGGUUGCCGUCAAGCGAGUACUUUCCAUUUGAGGAAGUGAGUGCAAAAGUACCCGUGGCACCGGCGUUUGCAGAAGCGGACACAGCCACGUCCGGAGUGACCGUUUCAUCGGGCAAGUACGAUACCGUGCGCGAUGGGAAAUCAGAUCUCGAUCUCGCCAUCGCUCUCAACUACGGGCAGGCCAUGGGUCCGGGGGCAUUGAUCCGUUUCCUGACCGAACAUACCGAGAUUGUGCACGACCCGCCGUACUCGGAUUGGGAUAUCUGUUUGACGGCAGGGAGUACGUCUGCGUUGGAGAUCGCGCUGCGCAUGUUCACGGGCAGAAGCCACUACGUGAUCACGGAGGAAUAUACGUUCAGCAGCGCCAUCGAGACUGUGGUUCCGCUCGGCGCUAAGAUGCUGGGCAUCAAGAUGGACGCGGAUGGCAUGUUGCCUGGAGAAUUGGACGACGUUUUGUCCAGCUGGGAUGAAAAUGCCCGGAGAGCGCCGAAACCGUUUUUGAUGUACACGGUGCCCACGGGCCAGAACCCCACGGCGAGUACGCAGUCCCUCGAGCGUCGGAGACAGAUCUAUGCAGUCGCUGAGAAACACGAUCUGUUCAUCCUCGAGGAUGAGCCGUAUUAUUUCCUGCAAAUGGAUCCGUUUGUGUCGGGACGGACGCACACUGUGCCCUCGCCGUUCAAACCUGCCGGUGUGUCGGACUUUUUGGCCAACCUUGUUCCGUCGUAUCUGUCGAUCGAUACUUCGGGACGCGUGUUGCGCAUGGACUCGUUCUCCAAGAUCAUCGCGCCGGGAAGUCGAUGCGGCUGGGUGACCGGUUCGCCCAAGGUGGUUGAACGGUUUAUGCGGCAUAGUGAGGUCAGCACGCAAAAUCCCUCGGGUUUCGCAAUGGUGGCGCUGCACAAGCUGCUCGACGAGAACUGGGGACACAAGGGUUUUUUGGAGUGGCUGAUGUACAUUCGGGCAGAGUACACAAGGAGACGGGAUAUUAUGGUCAAUGCCUGCGAGGAGCAUCUUCCCACUGAAGUCGCUAGCUGGGUCGCUCCGAAGGCUGGAAUGUUCCACUGGAUCAGCGUCGAUUUGACAAAGCACCCGCUUUACCAGGCCAAGGGUGGGAACAUCGACUAUGCGACGCUUCUGGAGAUCGAGGAGGCUGUGUUUGUGUCGGCGGCGGAACAGGGUGUGUUGAUUGCGAGAGGGUCAUGGUUUCGCGCCCAGAGGGGGACGGAUACUGAGUUGUUCUUCCGCGCGACUUUUGCUGCUGCGCCGGCGGAGAAAAUUAUCGAGGCAAUUGCUAAGGUUGGUGGAGCGUUGAGGAAGGAGUUUGGACUGCCGCAGAAACAGGUGCAAAACGGGCAUGCGAAAUGA